AUGGUCUAUAUGGAUAAAUGUCCAGUUUUGAGCAAUAUUGAAUGGAGAGAUAACUGUCAAUUUCCAGUAAUCCGUAAAGGUGAAACUCCAUCUGAUUGGAUAAAACGAAUUUGGGAUCAGUUGACGAAUUAUAAGAAUAAUAAUCGUUUGACUGACGAUAAAAAGCGAUAUCUUAUUGCCAGAAAAAUGAAAUAUUUAUGGGAAGGCGAUCUUGGUCAUGCUGUAGGUGUAAGUAUAGCAAUAUGUUAUUCAUGUAACAAUCUCGUUUAUUCUAGAAUCGGAAGUGGUUAUGAGUGUGGAUUUCAACAAAUUAACCGAGAACUCCAGGAGAUAUUACAAUCGGAGUUAGCCAUCAACAAAUCAAAUGAGAAAUAUAUAAAGGAUCUGGAAUGUAAAUAUACCAGGUGUCAGAAUGAAAUCCAAUCUCUCAAUAAAGAACUGGAACAGCUCGAGAAUGCUUCGGAGGAAGAAAAGGCAGAGUUGAGAGCAGAAAUCUCCAACCUUAAUAAACAGCUCUCAUAUAACAAAAAAGAAAUCCGAGAUAAGAUAUCCUAUAUUGAUAAUAUAGAGAGGCAGUUACAAGAAUCAGAAGAGCGGGUUCAAAAUCUAAGGCAUAGAUUCAAAGUUAUUUCUUCUCGAAGAAGCUCUCCAAGUUUAUGUAAUUCAAAAGAGGAAGUUACAGAUAUGGCACAUAUAGAUCCCUUUAUAGAUAUCACUAGAGGAUUAAAUCGACUUGAAAACCAUUUCACAGGGGGUACACCAUUAAAUAAUCCUGCCAAUAUCAUCCAAGGUAUGUAUGGUACUUUAAAUACUAUUCGGGCUAAUUAUCAAAGAAUAGACCAGGAUUUAGAUGAUGUCACAAAUCAACGAGAUGCUCGAGAUGCUCAAAUAGUACAAUUACAGCAAGAUAGCUAA